AUGGCAUCUGGCAGCGGUGACGUCUCUCGCCGGUCGUGGGAUGUUCAAGCAUACGAGCGUCGCGCUGUAGAGCGAAAACGGGCAGAGUCAGAAGCAGAGCAGGAAAAGCUUCGCGCGAGGAAGGCCAGCCGCCAGCAACCGCACAUUGAUGACGAUCCUUUUGCGCCGACACGUGCUUGGCUUCGAAAAAGGGACCACAAAAUUGACUUUGAGGGUAAGGUUGGUUCCUCGGAAAUUGUAGGGUCAAUCCAAGGAGGCGGCUUCAAUUGCAAGACAUGCAGUGUCACUCUGAAAGACUCGAACAGGUACCUAGCCCACGUAAACAGUAAAUCACAUCAGAAAGCGCUGGGAAUGUCGAUGAGAGUAAAGCGGUCAACACCCGAAGAAGUGCGGUUGGCUUUUCAAAGAGCUGUGAAAGAAAAAGAGGAAAGCAAACAAAGGAAGAAUAAGCCUAUGGUAACACUAGAGGAUAGAAUUGCGAAGACGAAAGAAAAUAGAAAACUACAGAGAGCUGCUGAAAGAAAUAUGAAUUGA